UUGAAUACAGAAAAAAUAUUUCCCAAACUGUGCAAAGCGUGCGAAAACAAUAAGAUGGCUUCAAUUCCUCCGUCGGCAUUUUCUGCUGGUCGUAUUCGAGAAACCCAGCGAAACAUGAAAUUAUCGAACAUCAAUAAAGGCAACCCUUCACCUAAAUAUUUCAACAAUAAUGUUACAGAGCUAACUCCAUUAAAAUAUAACAGCAAGUUGAUGAACAGUAUCUGGGGAUUUUACAAUCGCUAUUCGCCACAUAACGUGAAGAAAGUUAACGACGCCAUUUCCUUUAAUGUGGAAUUGCAGCAACCUGCUGUCAAUUCCUCUACCAAAAAUGAACCAAAACCUUGGUACUACCGAGGCAUAUCGAAAAACCAGCCAGGCACCUCUAAAUGUGAAGUUUUGGAGAUGACACUGAAAGAUUGA